AUGUUCCGUUCAAUGGUUCCGGCGCGGACUCUUCUCCGCACAGCCAGACCUGUGGCCGUCCCCUCUCCAGUCGUCCCUGCUCCUUCUCUUGCUCUUUUCGGUCGACGGGGAUACGCUUCGGAGGCUGAUGAACAUGAUCUCAUCAUCAUUGGCGGUGGUGUCGCUGGCUAUGUCGCCGCCAUCAAGGCUGGACAGGAGGGCUUGAAGACUGCUUGCAUCGAGAAACGUGGCGCGCUCGGCGGUACCUGCUUGAACGUCGGAUGUAUCCCUUCCAAGUCGCUGUUGAACAACUCGCACCUGUACCAUCAGAUCCUGCACGACACAAAAAAGCGCGGUAUCGAAGUCGGAGAUGUCAAGCUAAACCUUGAGCAGAUGAUGAAGGCGAAGGAUACGUCCGUGGAGGGUCUCACAAAGGGCGUUGAGUUUCUUCUAAAGAAGAAUGGUGCCGAGUAUGUCAAGGGAACCGGAAGCUUUGUCAACGAGAACGAGGUCAAGGUCAACCUUCUUGACGGAGGCGAGCGCACUCUUCGCGGAAAGAACAUCAUCAUUGCUACUGGUAGCGAGUCGACACCUUUCCCCGGCCUCGAAAUCGACGAAAAGAGAAUCAUCACUAGCACUGGUGCUUUGUCCCUUACGGAAGUUCCUAAGAAGAUGGUCGUCAUCGGUGGAGGUAUCAUCGGGUUGGAGAUGGCCUCUGUCUGGAGCAGAUUAGGAUCGGAAGUUACUGUUGUGGAAUUCCUUGGCCAAAUCGGCGGUCCUGGUAUGGACGCCGAAAUCGCCAAGGCUACUCAGAAGAUUCUCGCGAAGCAGGGCAUCAAGUUCCUGACAAACACGAAAGUCACCAGCGGCGAUGCCAGCGGUUCCACCCUUGCCCUCAAUGUUGAGGCUGCCAAAGGUGGCAAGGAACAGACCCUCGAUGCCGACUCCGUUUUGGUUGCCAUUGGCCGUCGGCCGUACACUACCGGUCUCGGGUUGGAGAAUGUUGGCCUUGAGGUUGAUGAGAAGGGACGAUUGGUCAUUGACCAGGAGUACCGCACAAAGUCCUCCCACAUUCGUGUGAUUGGAGAUUGCACAUUCGGCCCUAUGCUUGCCCACAAGGCCGAGGAAGAAGCCGUUGCUGCCAUCGAGUACAUCACCAAGGGCCACGGCCACGUCAACUACGCUGCCAUCCCCAGCGUCAUGUACACCCACCCCGAAGUUGCCUGGGUUGGCCAGAAUGAGGAGGAACUAAAGAAGGCCGGCGUCAAGUACAACAAGGGAACCUUCCCCUUCUCUGCCAACAGCCGUGCCAAGACCAACCUCGAGACCGAAGGCUUGGUUAAAUUUCUCUCAGAUGCUGAAACAGACCGUAUCCUGGGUGUCCACAUCCUCGGCCCUGGCGCCGGAGAGAUGAUUGCCGAAGCCACUCUUGCCAUUGAAUACGGCGCUUCCAGCGAAGACGUCGCUCGCACAUGCCACGCUCACCCAACUCUGGCCGAAGCCUUCAAGGAGGCUGCCAUGGCCACCUACUCCAAGCCCAUCCACUUCUAG